AAGCACUACAAAUGUAAUGAGGGCAGACGACAGUGUGCCCUCUAUAGCUUUAGUUUUUGACCCAAUAGCAGAGCAACUGCCCUUCUUUUGAGCCUUUAGAACUGUUUUUUACAUUGACCCAAAAGAUGCCACGAUCUCCAUUUGAAAUUUUAAACGUACAAGAGAAGCCCUUUAAAGAUCGUGGUUUUGGAUGUGUUUUAGUGAGGAAUCAGUCGGUAAUGAUGGACUCCCAGAAAACAGCUUUAGUGACAUCUUUUGAAAUAGCAAAGGAAGAGCAAGAUGAACGUGCCUUUCAGGAAGAGGAAAACAAUGAUCCCAGUGGCUCUGAGGACGAUGUCGGGGAAGGAGAGUCUUCCAGAUCUGAAAAGCGAGGGAUGAAAAGGCCUCUAAGGAAUUCUCAUGAAACAGAUGAGGAAGAUAUGGGGGAUGUCCAAAGUAUCCUGGAAAGAUUUAAAGCUGAUAUUAGCAAGAUUGUUUGUGCAAAGAGAAAAAGACUGGAAGUGGACACUAAAGCUUUGCUCCAAGUGACUACCCAGAAACUUGAACAGAUUUGGCAAACGGAGAAAGAGCAGAGGAAUAUGAUCCAAAAAGACUAUUCCCAGCACUUUCUGACAAUAUUUAAGCAAUGGGAUAAGGAUAUUCAGAAAGCUGAAGAAUGCAAAGAAAAAUUAGGUAAGCUGAUUUAUGAACAACAAAAAGUUUGCCAGCAAUUAAGAUUGAUUCAGAGCCAAAGGCUGAAUACAAUUAAGCAGAUAUGUGAACAAUUUUCAAAGGUUAAUGAAGAAAUGGAAAAGAAAAAUGAAAUCGUUUUAAUAAAAUCACAAAAUGAAAUUGAAAAAGAAUUUCUUGCACAACGAAGCAAGAUUAGAUUGGACAGUAGAGAGUAAAAGAUGGGAAGUUUCCUCAUUUGCCUCCAGUCCGUGUAAUUUUGAAUGCUCUGAGAAGAAAGAACUUAUACCUAAGUAAUGUGAUAUAACUGUAACCAUUAGCUAAGGGAAUUUUAAGUUGUUGCUGUGCUUUAAAAACUUUCAAGUUCCUAAACCUGAAGUUUUAAAUAGGUAGUUAAUGAAAUGCUUGAAUCUGUAUCAUAGAGUCCACCGGUGUAAACAAAAGAAUGUAUUAUGUAUAUACACAUCUGAACUGGGUACUUUCACUUAAAUAUUACUAACAUUGUAAAAAUGACAAAUGUUUUGGUAUUUGGUGAAUAUUUUUUCAACCUGAACAGUGAAAAAGCCUACUUGGUGCCAAUAAAAAUUUGGUCGAUUUUA